AUGGAAGAGAAGGCAAAGAGCUGCCUUCUCUUCGAGUUGGAAAUACCGGACUUUGAAAAUUCACCUAGACGCGUCAAAUCAACGCGCUUUGGUGCAAGUUUGGUGGUAGAUCCUUCUCAUACCCGGCUACGUCUCAGCAAUCUCAGCCCAGAAAAUUCUGGCUCAUAUGUAUCAGCGACGGACAUAACAUCAGACGUUGCCGGCUCCGCCACCAUGCGGCACCAUCCUCUUCAGCCAUCAGGUACCCCCGAGUUUGGCAUCGUUGCCAAAAUGGUUCAGGGGAACGAUGUCAGCAUAUACUUACUCCAGCAUCUAAUAACAGAGCUGGUCAUCCAGCCUCUCUUGCGCCUUCCGCUCGUUCAUUUUUUGCCGGUCAUUGUGAAGCUGUUCUAUCAUGGUGCUAACCCUAAUUUAACUCAGAUGAAGCAGAUAAGCCUAUCUGCAUCGGACGCCAUCACAGAUAUCAUGAUGGAGUAUCUAUAUCAUCACGGAUUCACGGGACCAACAGUGAUUGAGUUUGUCCCCUGGACUACUACUGCAGUGUCUUAUGAUCCUAACGUGUGGUGGACGAAUGGAUAAAAUUGCGCUUCAUAC